CAACGACAACGACGCCAUACUUAGAUAAAACAACAACAACAAGUUUUUGCCCGGAGUUUUUGUUUUCAUUAAAUACUUAUAAGAGAAACCAAAGGCCUUGAAUUAUGACAGAGCAGAAUGAUAAUAUGCAUACCUGGCAGAAUUUAAAUCGUGAUAGGUCGUGGAUAAGAAGGCAGACACCUAAAGAUGUAAAACUUUCAAAUUAUGCUGGAUUUUAUGACACAAGGUGUCUGUGGAAAGCCCGUUAUAAGCUUCAGACCAGGGUGCAGCUACAAAAAGGCUCUGUUUGGGGCCGGAUAAUGCAGAAGACAGGCAUGAAUAAUAUACGUCCAUGUGACAUCUGGGGACAUCAUUCCACAUACUUUUCUGAUGCAGGUCUUGCUCCAAAUAUGGAUGAUAAUGCAGAAAAUGAUCAGCAGGUCUCCCAAGAGCAAAGCAUAUUGGAACCCAGAAGUGAGACCUCUGAGGGGAGAUUCAAUUUGCAAACUGUUAAUUCUGGGAGUAGUGGAACAUCUCAAGUUUCAGCGGCAGUUACAUACCCAGAUACAGCUAUAUGCAAAGAUGCACAAGGAGUCAAAGAUACUACAGCAGAAGAUAUAGUUGGAAAUGUCAAUUUUUCGAGCGCAGGCUGUCAACAUGGUUCCGAGGAAACUGAUCCCAAAUUUAAAACCAUGAGUAAUAAAAUUAAUGUGUCUGAUCACAAAGUUAUUGGGGUUUCAGAGGUUAACAUUAUUGUGAUAUCGGAUUCAGAGGAUGUUGAGGAUUUCAAUGGAGAGGUUAUAGAAGUGAAGAAUGAUCAAAGUCCAGCAGAAGUGAUCCCUACUGUUGUGUCAAAUGAUCUAGCUAGUGAUAGUGAACUUGAUGUCAGUGUUGUAGAAAAUGGAGAAAUCUUUGGUGGAAGCUGGUAUCAAGGUCGACAGUGGGAGUACACGGAGGUGGGUCGCUAUUAUCUACAGAGGCCAGAGAGGCAGAGAGGCUUCGAGUUCUCCGUGAUGAGUUACAAUGUCCUUGCACAGAAACUUCUGGAGGACAACAGAUACUUGUAUGCCCACAGCUCUCCAUCUGCCCUCGACUGGAACAAAAGGAAAGAUCGCCUUCUAAAAGAGAUUGUCCAUCAUUCUUCCGACGUUAUAUGCUUGCAAGAGGUGGAAGAUGUUCGCUUCUUUGAUUUCUUUAAACCAGAGCUUGAGCAACUUGGUUACAAAGGGCACUAUUUGAAGCGGACAGGUGAUAAAAAUGACGGGUGUGCCACAUUCUACAAGCUCAGCAAGUUUUCCCUCUUAGAUGUAGUGGAAGUCCCAUACCAGAACAAUCACCACGCAAUCCUGGACCGAGACAAUGUUGGUCUCAUUGUGCGCUUAAAACCACUGGGACCUAAAGUUGACCCAAACAGAAUUUUGGUUGUAUCCAAUACACACUUGUUGUUCAACCCACGCCGUGGUGACAUAAAACUUGCUCAGCUGAUGCUUCUACUUGCAGCAAUUGAUAAAUGUGCCUUUGACAGAAUGGAGAAUGGAAGUCCGCUGUAUCAAGCGGUGAUAAUGUGUGGGGAUUUCAACUCGCUGCCGCAUAGCGAGAUCUACAAGUUUCUGCACAUGGGGUGGCUGGACUAUGAAGGACUGCCUAUUAGCGAGAUGUCUGGUCAGGAAGAGGGAUUUCAUAAAAACUCUCAUCAGAAGGUUCACAGAAAGUUCUUUCCCAAGGAAAUGGGUAUUACGGAUAAUUGCCAGUAUGUUCAUGAGGUGAGAGCGCGGGACCAACAUCAUGAUCAUAAUCAGCAGCAACACUAUCACCAUCAUUAUCAGCAGCAACACCAGUCUUCAAGUGAAGUUCAGAGCAGUGGAUUAUUGCAACACCAUUUGCGACUGAUGUCUGUGUACGAUCACUGGGUAAUGAGGCAUGGACAGUUGUAUCCAGAAGUCACCACACACCAUGGCCGAGUUGUCUGCACCGUGGACUACAUUUUCUAUGGAGUACAUUCUGCAUUGGUGCGCUUCUUCAAUAACUGCGUAGAGACUGCCGAGGUUCAAGAAGGACAUCUGUGUUUACUUGGAAAGUAUGGACUGCUUACUAAUAGGGAUUUGAAAAAAAUGGGAAGCCUGCCAAACCGAUAUUUUGGAUCUGACCAUUUGUCUGUUAUAGCACAGUUCUUGUUGACUUAACUUGUGAACUUACAUACUUUGAUUGACUGUUAAGCCAUUUGUUUAUGGUGUAAGUGUUUUUAUUUGCAUUUUAGUUCAGCGCAAAAAGAAUGCCUUAAUGAUUUUAUUCAAUGAUUAAUAAUCAUUCAUGUUGAGAAACUAGUGAUCGUUCAUCAGUGUUAUUUGUGUGUGACUAAUUGAAGAAGGUGGAUUUCUUCGCUGGUUUUCAGGAUUGGGAACAUUAAGUCACUCAAGUUAUGUGGAAGUGGAAAAUAACCAGGUUUUCCUUCUUUGGAUAUUUAAUAUAAUUACGGUAAUAUGGUUAUCUAAAAAACUUUUCUCAAAUUUUUAGUUAUGUCGAUGUGGUUUUCUGUCCCAACUUGUAUUUUCUCAUGAUUAUUCAAUCUCUGUUUAUUGAAAUGUUUAUUUUUUUUAUACAAAUCAGCAACCAUUUUUGUUAGAUAUAUUGGAGGUCUCAGGACCUAUUGAAACGAGCAUGCGAAGUUACGUUGAAUAUUUGGCAGUUCAACAUACACAAUUAUUCAGGAUCGCAAUUUUAAAGUGCCAUUAAAUGGACAUAGAGACUUAAAGACUGUUUUUUGACAACUCAAUAUAACAAUCCUGACUGUAUAUUUUUGCAAGUAUUUUGAUUGAUUUGGAAUGCUUGAUACCAUUAAUAAACAUGUCAAUUGGUAGUAAACAAACAAGCUGGGUGGUUAUUUAAUAAAUCUUUUGAUUUGUGAAUAAUUGGGUGGCCUAAGAACAAAUGUAGGGUUACAAUGUCAUAAUAAUAUCACUUUUUCUUCAGACUAAUGAAGCAUAUGAACAAGUCAAUGUAACACAUUCAUGUUUUAUUUGUUUGAUCUCAACUGUUAUGUGUAUACAAACACUUUGAUUUUUAAACACAAUGAUGUUCCAAAAUGUUGAUUUGUUUGUAAUUAAAUUUGAAAAAAAAGGUAUGGUUUGUUUUAUUUUCAAUAAACUCCCUAUGAACCCUCAAUCUUAAUACUUAAUUAUAUGGCAAUGAAAGUUGUAACCAUUUUAUCAGUAUUAAAGUGUUCACUGUCGUAAGGACAAUAUACUGUAUGGCAAAAACUAUCAGAUAUUUUUGGGCAUAAAAGGGGCCUUUUCACAUUUUGGUAAAUUGACAAAAUGUUUAAGAAAUUGUUUCAAAUUCGCAAAUUUUCGUUUUUGUUAUGAUAUUUGUGAGGAAACAGUAAUACAACAGAGCAAAUCUUCAACCCCAGGAUAAUGUGUGAGAGGUACCUGCAACACCAACAGGACCUCUACCACGUCUUCGUGGACUUUAAAAAGGCUUUCGACAGGGUAUGGGGCUACCAUGAGGCUGUACAACAUCAACGCCAACCUGAUCAGAGUCAUACAACACCUGUAUGACAAUGCAACAAGUGCCAUAUACUUCAAUAGCAGCAUUGGGGACUGGUUCAGAACCACAGUCGGAGUGAGAGAAGGCUGUUUGCUCUUUCCCACCCUUUCAACAUCUUCCUGGAAAGAAUAAUGACUGACGCCCUAGAAGACCACGAGGGGACGAUCAGCAUUGGCGGCAGGACAAUCACAAACUUACGUUUUGCUUACGACAUAGAUGGCCUGGCCAGAAGUGAAAAGGAGCUGGAGGACUAAGUGAAGUGCUUAGACACAACCUCCAUAAAUUUUGGCAUGCAGAUCAGUGCAGAGAAGACCAAACUGAUGACCAACAACACCAAUGAUGACACUUUCCGCUUAAACUUGAUUUUCGAUAAGAAGGGACUUCCUUCAAACUAAAAAUACCAUAAAAGCGGAAAGUGUCGUCCCUGAUUAGCCUGUGCGGACUGCACAGGCUAAUCUGGGACGGCACUUUAAGCACAAGCAUUAAGCCCAGUUUUCUCAGAACAAGACACAUGUCAUUUAUUAUUUAAUGUCAAACUUCAAUACAUGCCAAAAUCUUAGAAAAGGUCCCUUUAAGGAACGGAAGGAAAUUACACAUGCAAGUAUCUUGGGGAAUUAAAGUUGUGGGGUCAGACUUACCAUUUGUGCCACAAAUGCUACUAAUUCAUGUUGGUACUUUAAAAAAAACUUAAAAAUAAAAUAUGCAUGAAAUAGAAAAAGGUAAUUUUUAUUUACUUUACGAUUAAAAAAAGAUUUUAAACACGAAAAGUCAGCAAUGAACUUUUGAGUUACCCAUGCAUGUGUGCAUAACAAAAUAUCGGAAGAAGAUACUUAAAAAUCUGUGUUGACCAUAGAGAGCUUAUAUACUUAGUUAACAAUUUCGACCGUUUUUAAACUCUGUGGUGCGUUGUAACAUUUGCCUGGUAUAAAGUAAUGCAAUCCUUGAAAAUAAGAUCUGUAAACUAAAAAAUUUAUUGAAAGUUUUUUAGUUGAAUUUAGUUUAUAGGAAUGUGUGUGAUAAUGUGUAUGGGUCCCGUGUUGUCUGACAUUAAGAUUGAAGUGAUCGAACACUCGACAUGAUAUCAUUACUUGGUACAUUUUAUUAUUUGUGCAUAAUUUUUGUUGGAAAUUUUGUGUAUCAACUAUUUAUACUGAAUAUUUCAACACCUUUAAUUGCCAAUAUACACAUUGAAACUCACUAAAUUAUGGAGUGAGGCAUAUGCAUGAUUUUGAACUAU